AUGGCCGACUCCGCCUUGAUGGGCCAGGAGAACGACGACGCAAGGGAGGCGGUGCGUCAGCAGCGCACGCUGAAGCGGAAAAAGGAUGGCCUGCGGAAGCUGGAGAAAAGGAUGAAGUCGAAAAAGGCGGAUAGUGCGGAGUAUAAUUCGCUCGUGGAGGAGAGCCGGGCGCUCGCGGCGGAAAUUGCCGCGAUGGAGUCGGUGCUUGGGGCUGAUGCGGAUGAGGCGAAGGACGCUUCCUCGCUGCCGCAGACCGCCCCUGCCGCAACCGGCGACACGCGCGUGGAGAAGCCCCCUGCGAAGGGCGCCCCGUGCCCGAUGAACGCCGCGCGUUCGACAACGGCAACUCCUCAUGCACACAGCAAAGUGCGGCGCGGGGACGGCGGGAGGACGCCGGAGAGGAGCAAACCCGUAGACGCUGCCGCCAAAAGUGUCCCGGCGAGGAAGACGGCAGAGACGGCAGCGGCAGCAGCAGAGGCACUGCAACGCCAGCCAGAAGCGUCCUCGUCCGCUGCUGGGCGCUUUCCCGAUGCCGUCGAUGUUGUGGAGCCCGCCCAAUCUCUUACAGAAGGUGUUCACUCCGAGGCAUCCGGUUCCUUGUUUCCAGACUUGCGUUGCCAGCCGCCUUGUAACUGCGAGCUGGUGCAUUAUCAGGUUGCGGAGCUGGCCCUGCUGAUGGAGUCCAUGGUGAUCGUUGGCGGCAGCGCGCGAACGCUGGCCAUGAUUCAGGCCUUCAAAGCUGUCCUGAGUACAACAACUGUUCUCUCAGUGCCGUCCCUUCGCGACGUGAAUUCAAAGGCCUUUGAAGAAUUAAUUAAUGAGAACUUUAACUUUCUUCGGCGUGGUCGCGAGCCGUCAACCGGAAUGACGUACGUCAAGGAAGUUUUGGUCCGCCGUGUUGCCGCGCUACUUUCAUCAGGAGGGAACUUUUGCGUGUGCGAUGAUGGAUCCUUUUCCCCAUUUGAUUUGGAAAGACAAGGGCCACUGGAACUCAGUGGGUCUUCGCACGCACUCAAUACGGAAGUGAAGAAUAGCCUGCUUGCCGGAGACCCGCGGGAGAUGGCGUUGCGGGUCCUCGCCGGCAUUGAAACGGAGCUAAGACUGUCCAUCAAGAGUAUCGUCGAGGAUCGCUCGAAGCCCCUCAUUUCCUCCAAUGAUACCAUCCUGGUUUUUGGGAGGAGCAGCAUAGUUGAACUUAUUCUGCUUGCGGCCGCCAAUAAUCCUCGGCUGGGUGUGAAGCCUAAGGUUAUUGUGGUGGACGCCGCCCCACUUUAUGAGGGUCGAGCGCUUGCGAAACGGCUUACGUCCAGUGGCCUCAGUGUGACGUAUGGGCUUAUUACAAGCUGCUGCACCCUAAUGCCGCGUUGUACCCGCACCUUCAUUGGUGCUGCAGCUGUCCUGCAAAACGGUGACGUCUUUAGCCGCUGUGGCACGGCCGUGGUUGUUGCUAGUGCAAAGCAGUACCGUAAACCGGUUUUGUGCUUUAGUGAGAGCUUCAAGUUUGUGUCCGAGGUCUGGCUUGGCAACCUCGGGCAAAACACGCAGUUGAAAUUCUUGCAGCCACUUCCAGGGGAUCAUCGCAUCCGAAGCCCCGGCGGGGUGGGUCCACCGAGGCACCAGGGUCGCGACAUCAAUGAGCAACCGCUGACGCGCGGCGUUGAUGGGCUGGCCCUGCACUCAACUGCCAAUUCUGCCUCCGGCUACUUGUACGACCUCACACCAGCGGCGUUCAUCGACAUGAUUAUCUGCGAGAUGGGUUGCCUGGAUACCUCUGCCAUCGUCGCGGCGCUACGGGACCGUGAGGACAGGGAUGCAGGCCUCAUGUCCGUCGCGUAA